AUGGGAGGGUCUCAGCUAAAAAAUCUGAAAGCAGCCUUGAAAGCUCACGAUUUGACAGGACAAACGGCUGCGAAGAAGAGCAAGAAACAGAGGAGACAACCGAAAAAAUAUGAUAGAGAGGAGCACGCUAAAUUAAUUGCAAGCAUUAGGGAAGAGUUUAAUCCAUUCGAAAUUAAAACUGCACGUAACAAGCGUAGCACAGCUGGUUCGAAGGAUGGCAAAAAUGUCACGGUAGCAGUUGGUAAGCCUGGUAUAUCGAAGCAGAUCGGUGAAGAACAGAGGAAGCAGGCUUUUGAACUCAGAAAUGCCCAAAAAAACAAGAGGAACGGUUUUGUGGAUCGUAGGUUUGGUGAAAGGAAUAAACAUUUGAGUGAAGAAGACAGGAUGUUGGAGCGUUUCACCAGAGAAAGACAAAGUCAAUCUAAGAAUAAAUCUAAUUUAUUCGACUUGAAUGAUGAAAGUGAUUCCGAGAGCAACAAUAUGUUUGGAUCCGAGCUUACACAUUUGGGUGAAUCUCUAUCGCAGCAAGAUGACUUCGAUUCUGGAGAUUUAGGUCUUAACGAUCAGGGAAAGAGACAGUAUGACAAUCAGUUGGGUGAAUCGAUUGAACCCUCAAGGAAAAAAACCAAAGCUGAAGUGAUGAAAGAAAUCAUCGCAAAAUCCAAGUUUUAUAAGCAUGAAAGACAAGUGGCACAAGAAAAGUUGAAAAACCAAAUCGAAGAUCUGGAUGAAAACUUUGAAGAUAUUUUCUCCAAAUUGAAAGAUUCUGAGAGCAUCUCAAAGAAUCAUUUGCAAAAGAGUGAAACAAACAAGGUGGAUCAGGAGUAUGAUACCAAGGUUCGAGAACUGAUUAUGGAAAGAAGAUCCGUUCCUUCUGAUAGAACUAAGACAGAAGAGGAGCUUCAAAAAGAAGCUGCUGAAAAGAAGAAAAUGCUGGAACAACAGAGGCUAGAUAGAAUGAGCGGUAUUCUUGAAGCAGAAGAUGGUGAAGCCAAAGGUGUCGAAGAUCUGGAUGAUCAGUUUUGGGACCGGGAGGACAAUGUGGAUGAUGCUGACUUCAAUCGAGAAAAUAUUGAUAAUGAGAUUGCAGGCUCAGAUGAUGAUAUAGAUUUGGGUGACGAAAAGUAUGAAGCGAAGGAAACCUCUUCAUCCCCUUUUACCGAUAGUAAAGCAUUGGACUGCCCCCAAAAUCACAACCAGUUAUUAGUAAUAGUAGAAAAGUCAUCGCUCAAACAGCAAAUUUCUAUCAUAAGAAAAAUUAUCAACGCGCAUCAGCCAAAAUUGGCUGAAGGUAAUAAAGAAAAACUAGGGAAUUUUACAGGUGUACUUUUGAGGCAUAUUUUGUUUUUGUUUCGCCAGGAAUACUCUUCAAAUGUUCAAAAAUUUUCAGAGGCUCAAAAUUCUCUAAUAUCAAUCUUGAAGGUUCUUUCAGAGAAAUACAACCACUCUCUAUCGAAAGAAUGUCGAGUUAUUACGGCUGAGAUACAGAAAAGAUUCAAAAAGAAUCAGUUUUCAGGGUUAGAUAGUUCAGAUCUUGCUUUUUUCUCUAUUGUUGGUAUUCUGUUUUCCACUUCUGAUCAAUACCAUCUAGUCGUCACUCCAUGUUCCAUUUUGAUGGCAGAAUUUUUGGAGCAGCUCAAGUUCAACAGUGUCGGAAAACUUGCGUUCGGUGCAAUACUUGUUAAGAUAUCACUACAGUACCAGAGGUUAUCGAAGCGGUAUAUUCCCGAGGUGCUAUUUUUUCUGGAGAAAUCUCUGGCUACAUUUUUGCAUACGUCGAACGAAGAUAUGAGCAAGAUUGUUAAACUGGAUUCGUAUCUGUUAGGUCUUCCAAAAAAGACAAUAUUUUCUCCGACAACUCCACGUACUUUAGAACUGCAUGCAAUUCAUCAAAUAAAGGAUGAAAACGAGAACUAUAAAAAGACCGUCUUCCUGAACAUUCUGGAGUCUCUAGAUGAAGUUAUUUCAAGUGUAUGGAAAGAACUUCCGGCCUUCUCCGAAAUUUCUCUUCCCAUUCAAAAUCUUCUCGAAAUAUGUGUCAAAAGAUACGCUUCAAUAACACUAGCAAAAAAUAUUCUGGAUAAGAUUCAACGAUUACAAAAACUGAACAAACACAGUCCACUUACACUGCAGGAUCAUAAACCAGUAUCUAUUCCAUCUCAUGCUCCUAAAUUCGAGGAGAAUUUCAAUCCAGACAAGAAAUCUUACGAUCCAGACAGAGAGAGAAGCGAAAUCAACAAGAUGAAGAAUCUAAUCAAGAAAGAACGUAAAUUCACUAUGAAGGAAAUCCGAAAGGAUACCAGGUUUGAAGCUAGGCAAAAGAUUGAUGAACAAAAUAGGGAGGCAGGUAAAUACCAUGCAAAAAUGGCUCACAUCAUCAAUACAAUCAAUACAGAAGAAGGCGCUGAAGCUAAUAAAUAUGAGAGAGAAAAAAAAUUACGUUCUGGUAAAAAGUGA